GCUGGUAUGUCCAUUCUCAACAUCUCAGUCACUGAAGUUUCUACUUUCUAUUUGGUUGGAUUCCCAGGGAUGGAGGCUGCCCACAUUUGGAUCUUCAUCCCCAUAUGUCUCCUGUAUACUGUUGCCAUCCUGGGCAACUGCACUAUCCUCUUUUUCAUAAAAUCAGAGCCUUCUCUGCAUGAACCCAUGUACUAUUUCCUCUCCAUGUUGGCUCUCUCUGACCUGGGACUGUCCAUUUCUUCUCUUCCUACCAUGCUUAAGGUUUUCCUGUUCAAUUCUCCAGACAUUUCUCCUAAUGUGUGUUUUGCCCAGGAGUUUUUUAUUCAUGAAUUCUCAGCUAUGGAGUCAUCUGUGCUUCUCAUUAUGUCCUUUGAUCGCUUUAUUGCCAUCUGUAACCCUCUGAGAUACACUUCCAUCCUUACCAGUGCCAGGGUCCUUCAAAUCGGGCUUGCCUUUUCCCUCAAGAAUGUGCUGUUGAUCCUGCCUUUUCCUGUAACUCUAAAGCUUCUAAGAUACUGCAAGAAGAAUCUCUUGUCACAUUCCUAUUGCCUCCACCAGGAUGUCAUGAAGUUGGCCUGCUCAGACAACAACUUCAACGUCAUCUAUGGUUUAUUCGUGGCUCUCACAGGCAUCCUUGACAUAACAUUCAUUUUCAUGUCUUAUGUCCUCAUCCUGAGAGCAGUGCUGGGCAUUGCAUCCCAAAGAGAAAGGCUCAAGGUCCUUAGUACUUGUGUCUCCCACAUUUGUGCUGUGCUCAUUUUCUAUGUCCCUGUCAUAUCCCUUUCUGUUAUCUAUCGCUUUGCAAGCCGUAAUUCCCCCAUAUCUAAGAUUCUCAUGGCUGACAUUUUCUUGCUUGUGCCUCCUGUAAUGAAUCCUAUCAUAUACUGUGUGAAGAGCCAACAGAUAAGAAAUGUGAUACUAGAGAAACUGUGUCAGAAACAAAGCUGA